AUGACAGAAAUAAGCAACACUUCACAACACCUUGAAGAUGAAACAAACUCGACAGAGACAGAAACUUUAAUAGAAAGAAGAAAGAGAUAUAUUCUAGGCAUGGACCCCAAGCAAGCCAGAUUGCAUGAUGUGGAUGACGCAACCAAAAGAUUCAAGUACUUGUUAGGAUUGUCUCAUCUUUUUAGAUAUUUUAUCGAUCUAAACGCAUCAAAGGAUCCUAAUUUUAAGAACCUAGUGAAACAAAUUGACGAAAAAGUCUCAUUCACAUCGCCGAAGAACAACAAAAAAAAGAACAGACGUCGUAAAUCGGAGAAAGAAGAAGAUGCUGAAUUAUUGGAGAACGAGGCCACAGUUGGCGACGAGGAUUCACAGGGUACCGUUUUCACAGAGUCACCCUCAUAUAUAAAUGAUGGGAAACUCAGAGAGUAUCAAAUUCAGGGAAUUAACUGGUUGAUAUCAUUAUAUGAAAACAGGUUGAGUGGUAUUUUGGCCGAUGAAAUGGGCUUAGGUAAGACUCUUCAAACAAUCGCAUUUUUAGGAUAUCUUAGACAUGUCAAACUGAUUAAUGGACCUUUCAUUGUAAUUGUUCCGAAAUCAACUUUGGAUAAUUGGAGGAGAGAAUUUGCCAGAUGGACUCCUGAAGUCAAUGUGUUGGUUUUACAAGGCAACAAAGAAGAAAGACACCAGUUAAUCCAAAAUCGUUUAUUAACAGCUGAUUUUGAUGUGUUGAUAACUUCUUUCGAAAUGGUAAUACGGGAAAAAUCGCAAUUUAAGAAAAUUAAGUGGGAAUACUUAGUUGUUGAUGAAGCUCAUAGGAUUAAAAAUGAAGAUAGUUCUUUAUCGCAAAUUAUAAGAGUCUUCUAUUCGAAAAAUCGCUUGUUGAUCACGGGUACACCCUUGCAGAACAAUUUGCACGAAUUAUGGGCUCUUUUGAACUUUUUACUCCCCGAUGUAUUUGGUGAUUCUGAUGUUUUUGACGCUUGGUUUGAAAUGCAUGGUGGCAGAACCGAAGAAGAGAAAGAGAAAAAUCAAGACAACGUCGUACAGCAACUUCAUACCAUCUUAAGUCCAUUCUUGUUACGCCGAGUUAAGUCAGACGUGGAAAAGUCUUUGCUACCUAAAAUUGAAUCAAACGUUUACAUUGGAAUGACUGAUAUGCAAAUUCAAUGGUAUAAAAAUUUGUUAGAAAAAGACAUUGACGCUGUAAAUGGUGUCGUUGGAAAAAAGGAAGGUAAGACAAGGCUAUUGAAUAUAGUUAUGCAACUCAGGAAAUGUUGCAAUCAUCCCUACUUGUUUGACGGAGCGGAACCAGGUCCACCUUACACAACUGAUGAACAUUUGGUGAAUAAUGCUGGUAAAUUAAUAAUCUUGGAUAAGAUGUUGAAAAAAUUUAAGAAGGACGGAUCAAGAGUAUUAAUAUUUUCCCAAAUGUCUCGACUCUUAGACAUUCUUGAAGAUUAUUGUUACCUUCGAGAUUAUGAAUAUUGUCGUAUCGAUGGAUCAACUAGUCAUGAGGACAGAACAGACGCUAUCGAUGACUAUAAUGCCAAAGAUUCAAAUAAGUUCAUAUUUUUAUUGACGACAAGGGCUGGUGGAUUAGGAAUCAAUUUAACGACUGCUGACAUUGUAAUUUUAUAUGAUUCAGAUUGGAAUCCUCAGGCUGAUCUACAAGCAAUGGAUAGGGCACACCGUAUAGGUCAAACAAAACAGGUCAAAGUAUAUCGUUUUGUCACUGAGAAUGCUAUAGAAGAAAAAGUUUUGGAAAGGGCUGCGCAAAAGCUAAGAUUGGAUAGAUUGGUUAUUCAGCAGGGUCGACAUUUAGAUAAUAGUAAUGGCCUUGGAAAUUCUAAAGAAGAUUUGUUAGGUAUGAUUCAACAUGGAGCGAGGAAAGUUUUCGAAUCACAAGGUGAGAACAAAUCUAUGCUAGAAGAUGACAUUGAAGCAAUCUUACAAAAAGGUGCUCAAAAGACUGCCACUUUAAAUGCAAAGUUUGACAAGCUCGGGCUAGAUGAUUUACAAAAUUUUACUUCCGAUUCUUCUACAUAUGAAUGGAAUGGUCAGAAUUUUGCUAAAAAAGACAAUUCUGGGGAUACGGCAUUUGCAUGGAUUAAUCCGUCUAAAAGAGAGAGAAAGGAACAUGUUUAUUCAGUCGAUAAUUAUUACAAGGACGUAUUGAAACCUUCCUUAGGUGGUCAAAAGAAUAAUAGUAAAAGUAUCCAAGCAAGACCCAAGGCUCCAAAAGUUUACAAUAUUCAGGAUCAUCAAUUUUUUCCUCAGGGACUUAAAGAAUUGUUAGAAAAAGAACAGUUGGCUUAUAAAAAAGAAAUUGGGCUCCAAUACUCCUUGGAUGAGUUUGGUGAUAGUGAUGAAGAAUUUUUGUCAGAAGAGUUUAAAGAGGAAAUGAGUAGAGAUGAAAUGAGAGAGCAGGAACAAAGGAAAGUUGAUGAGGCAGUACCACUUACGAAAGAAGAAAUUGAUUUGAAAAACGAACUUUUAGCUCAGAGCUUUCACAGUUGGUCCAGAAGAGAUUUUACCAACUUCAUACAUGCAUCUGCAAAAUUUGGACGUUCUGAUUACAAGAAUAUCUCCAAGGCUUUGGGGAAUAAAACUGAGGAGGAAGUUGAGAAAUAUCUGAAAAAGUUUUGGGAUUCUUAUAAGCUUGUGGAAGGAUACGACAAAUAUGUUUCGCAAAUUGAAAGCAGUGAAAAGAAGACAGAAAAAUUGGCAAAUCAGCAGAGACUUUUAAAUCUCAAAAUGGAGAACAUUAAGGAUCCAAUGGGAGAUUUAAAAGUGCAGUAUCCUCCGAACAACUCCAAGCGUGUUUACUCAAAGCUCGAAGAUAGAUUUAUACUUAAAUGCGUGCACAAGCAUGGCCUCUUUGCCGAAAAUUUACUUGAAAAAAUCAAGGAAGAAAUAUGUGCCAGCGAUCUCUUUAAGUUUGAUUGGUAUAUACUUUCGAGGACACCUCAGGAGAUAGGAAGACGGGUGAAUACGUUGUUAUUAGCCGUUUCUAGAGAGAUGGAUGGUACAGCUAGAAAGAAGUCAAAACCUAAUAGUUCUAACGUGAGUACUAGAGCAGGGUCCGUUGAAGCAGCAAAUAAUAAUUCUUAA